GUUCUCUCUCCACCAACACGGGAAGUAGCUGUCUACCUCCGUUAGGGACUCGAGGGCAUGUUUUCCACUUUCAUUGGACUAAUCGCCGUACACCCACAGGAUAACCACUUCCACCACCGUUUCCCGGACUAGACUACUGAAAAAGAGAGCGAGCGCGGGAGUGAGACAGCGGGAACACGCAGGCAGCGGAGGAUAUUUCCAGUUUUUCGUUUUAUCCACUGCAACCAUACACCACCCCACAAAUCACCACCCAUCCACCCACAACAAAGAGCAGACCCGGGUUUUGCCCCGAUUGUUUCUUCAUUUUCGACCUAACUCAAUAUUACACCCUACCAAAGCCUCCAACGACAGCAAUACUGUAUACGUGGAACUGAUCACAGAAACGUGUUGUUAUUCAUGAAUUUUAUAGAUAUUCAAUCAUGGUGGGAGGUGCCCUGCAUUGCACACUUCUGUUCGUUGUUUAGUAGCGCCUUUCAGUUGCCGGAUUUCGAUAUCGAGGAUCUAGAAGAAGCGCUUCUGACCAAUGCCGACACCGAGAGCGAAGUCGAUCUAAAAGUGUACAGCACCCGUCUGCUGCCUGAUCUCAUUGUUGCGCUGCUCAAGGGUUGCGACGCACUCAGUCAGAUCGUAUCGCACAUUAGUCCGAGCAACUAUCAGAUGUUCCUGAGGCGUCUCUUUCGUCAGAAAUGUCAGGAAUAUAACAUCGACAACCCAUUCAACGAGGAUACUGAUUUUGAAAAGCUACCGCUACGCACCAAAAUCCUCAUUUUGAAGUACCUGUGUGACUUUCGCCUAGACUCAGCUGACGUUUUCAAUAGUUUUGCAAAUCUCGAAGCAGACAGCUUGCGAGUGGAACCACUGGGCUUCGACAGUAAAGGAUCUGCCUAUUGGUACUUUUUCGGCACUCGCCUGUACCGAGAGGAUUACGAAGUUUCAACUGGCAAAGGCAACAAAUCGUCAAACAAGCGUUCGGUUUGGCAAGUCAUUUGCUUCACCGAGGAAGAUUGGAGGAAUCUAGCGGGCAAAUUCAAGCGUUCCAAAAACGAAAGCGACCGUGCAUUGCUAGAGCAGUUAGAGGAAAACUUCCUACCUAAUAUUCCGAAAAUCUUCCGCGACAAAGAGCGCGAACGAAGGAACAAGCUUCUGGAACGACGCACUUCCUCGCGCAUCAAGACCUUCGAAGAACGCCGUCUAGCUGACAUCUAUCGUCAAAAGGAGAUCGAAGAGGCACAGAAAGCUCUACUCAAAGAACACCGCAAGCUUGCGGGAAAGUCUGAACCCCAGCUGGAGGACAACCGUUCCCAAAGAGUAAAGCUAGCCGAAGACAGAGCUAGACGCGCCGAACGACGGUCGCGUUCGAACUCGGUCUCAAGUAUAGUAUCAACCUAUGCCAGCUCACCAGAACCUCUCACGAGUGAUUUUAUUUUUCAGCCAAAAGAAAGCGAAAACCUAGCUUAUAGCAAACAUUCUUCUAGCGGUGCCAAGCACACCGCGACCGUUGUUGUUAGUAAUCCACCAGCUUCCCCUUCCUCCGAGUUAGGUUCCGAACCGACAACAAGUGCGGACAUUGCAGUGUACUCUGGUGGUUCCAAGCAGAACCCCGAGGAAGUGUUUGAAGAAGAUAACGAAAACAGUGAAAACGACGACGACGACGAAGAAGAAGAGGACAGUGCUAGUUUGAUCGUCGUUGACCAAGUGAACAAUAACUUUACCGAAGUUGGUUCGAGUGUCAGUGUUGCCAGUGGUACGACUACGACGAGCAGUGGCAUCAGUAGUCGCGAGCAGCGUGAGAAGACACCUUCGGCUUCUCCAACACCGCCACCAGUAGAAGCUCCCUCGCACCCGGAGCCAGCGAAGAGAAGAUCCAAGUUAAGUGCUGAAAUCGAGGCACUGCUGCAGUACAAUCGGAACAUGGCCCCCACGACGACCAAGUUGCCCGGUCGGCAGACUAAUAAUUCGCUAUCAUCAGUCACGGGACCGGUGAUACUGCCGUUCGCCGACACGCCGCCCCCACCCAAAACAUCGGGCAGUAAGAGUGCUGAAUCAACUACCGUUGCUGUCGGCAGCGGCGGUGGCGGUGGCGGUGCCGUUGGCACCGCAACCGCCACCGGUGGACGGAAGAAGAAAAGCAAGGCCUCGGAAGUAAUCAGUUUUUUCACAACCUCAACCUCAACUCUGAUCUCGUCGUUUAGUUUCACCGAAACCGAAGAGGUCCUCCAGAUCGGUAUGCACAAAGUGCUCGAGUACAUCAAAAACCACGACGAUGCGUGGCCGUUCAUGGAUCCUGUGGACGAGGAUAUCGCCCCGCGAUACUAUUCGAUCAUCAGACGGCCCAUGGACUUGCAGAAAAUGGAGGAAAAGCUUGACAAUGGCGAGUACCUAACGUUCGGCGACUUCCGAAACGAUUUCAAGCUGAUUGUCAACAACUGCCGGUUGUAUAACGGCCAAGCUAACGAAUACACCGAAAUGGUUAAUAAUCUUCAGCUGGCUUUCGAGAAGGCGACAAAGAAGUACUUUGAUUCGAAUUCCUCCGACGAAGAGCAAACGCUGGAAUAUCCAAUCUUCAAGGAGAAACCUUUCGGCAGCAGCGGAGGCAAAAACAUCAACGAGUCGACGGGAGGCAGUACCAGUGCGAACAACAGUAAAUCUUCCAGCGAAAACAAAAGUGACAAUAGUAAGAAGAGUAGUGCUGUUAAGAACAACAACAGUGAUAAAGAUGCUAAAAGUGAUAAAGAUGUUAAAAGUGAUAAGAAGGAAGGCAAGGUGAAGAAUUCCAACAAAAAGGGAAGCACUGAGAUCGGUGAAAGCAGUAGCGUGGGGAAGAAGCAGAACAGCGAAACAGGUGGUAAUGCAAAGAAGGGCAAAGCUAGUGGCGAAGUAGAGACAAAAGGUGGAAAGAAUGACAAUGCCAAGGGAUUGAAACGAAAACGAAAGGAGAAAGAUAAAGUAGGCAAAGGGAAGAGCAAGAAAUUCAAACCAAACGAAAGUGAUGAAGAUGGAGAAAGUGAAGAAGGAGAAGAUGAGAACGGUGAAGAAGACGUGAAAGAUUUGAAAGAGCAUACGGACACUGAGGAGGAAAUUCGUCGGUCUCCGACGCCUGUGCCACCGGAGAUUAAAAAUAAAGUGAAUUCCAAAGUGAAGAAGAAAGAGGAAAAGGUCAAAGAGAAGACGAAAAAUGCCAAGGGUAAGAAAGAAGACAGAAAGCUAGCAAAAAGUGAAGUUGGUAAGAAAAGUCGUAAGAAAUCUCCUUCGCGAUCCCGAUCGGUGUCUAGAUCGCGAUCGGCGUCACCUGUGCCAAGAUCUCCUAGUCCACCGAAGAAUGUGAAGGGUAAAAAGGAAGACAAGAAGCUGGCAAAGAACGAGGUAGGUAAGAAAGGUCGCAAGAAAUCUCCACCGCGAUCGCGAUCCAGAUCGGUUUCCAGAUCGCGAUCAGCAUCACCAAUGUCCAAAUCUCCUAGUCCGCCUCCAGCUUCAUCGUCGAAAAAAGCUGAGAAACGGAAGGAAACUACAAAGCAGAAACACGGCAAAAAGGAGCGGAAGGAAGAUCGUCCAGCAGAUCGAGAGAUGAGAAAUGCUGAAAAAAAGAUUCUCAAGCAAGCUGAUACUUCCAUGAAUUCUGGAACACCUUCUCCGCUUAAAGGUAGGGGGCGGAAAAAGGCGCAGGAAAAGAAAGCCGAAAACCAAAGCGACGCAGAAGAACACGUGGAUCCUCCGAUCGAGGAGGACGAAGAUAAAGAAACGGACCUUAGCAACUUUGCCGACAUCGACGAAAUUCGAGUUCGGAACGAUAGCAGAGGAUAUGCUUCCGAAGAAAGUGUCGAAGAUCUUCCCGCUAGCGAUGACGGUAAAAAGAGCAAAAAGAACAAAAAAGGUGGUCAGAAAACAGGUAAAACAAAGGGAAAGAACAAAAGCGAAGAAAAAUGCAAAAAGAAUAAAUCCAAGGGAAAGAGUGGAAAGAGCAAAAAAUCCAAAAGUAAUAAGAGCUUCGACACUUCCUCACUGAUUUCUUCAAGUAAUGAGGAAGAAGCCAUUGAAGAAGCUCCGACAGAACAGAAGAGUAAGAGUAAACCUGCGGAGAAAGAAAUCAAAAGUGCCUCAAAGAAACAACCGAAGGAUUUCUCCAAAUAUACAACGCUUCCCAGGGAUAGAAGUUCGUCUCGAAGCUUCUCUCGAUCUCCAAGCCCGCUGCCUUCAAUAAGGGAUAGGUAUUCUUCAAUGUCGGAUCAUUCUAUGGACUUUGACGAUGAUGAUGAUUUGAACGGCGGAAGGAAAUCUGCCCCUGCAAGACCGAUAACACCGGACAUCAGAGAUAAGUAUGACCUCAUCAAGGAACGACGGCGUAAUCAGCAAAAGGCAUCAUCACAGACCGGAGCACCGGUAACCACACCGACCAAUGAAAAACCGACAAAGCAGAAACAUAAACCUCAGGAAACCAGUCGAAAGAAGCAGAAGCCUAAUCAAACUCAGACUACCAGUUCAAGUGCCUCACCAAACCCCAGCAAGCAGCAGAAGGUUACAGAGGAAAGUGACAAUUCUACAAAAACCAAAGAAACAGGGAAGAGCAAAAGGAAACGAGAUCGGUCCAGUGAAUGCAACCGGGACUCACCGGUUCCAGAGGAGAUCAAAGAUUGGACCCCACCGGAACCACUUCCCACCGUGGAGAAACCACGGCCUUCCUACAAAGAUGAAAAGACGGAAAAACGGGAAUCCGAAAGGAAGGUCGAUCCAAGUGACGAGUACGACUUUGUAGACGAUUCUCCUCCGGAAAUUCCAACACCAAAGGCUCCUACACCAAUUCCAUCGCCAGUGGAGAAGCUUCCCAAACCUCCGAAAGUCAAAACAGAGUCCAGCAAAAAGCAAAUGCAAAAAUCAAUGAAAAGCUCUCAACAACAUGCUUCCUUAAAACCGAUUACUGCUCCAGCAAACAGGCAGCCUAAAACUACCGGUGCCAAUAUGGAAGCUUUGGAACUGGAAACCGAGCAAACGCUCAAGGACAUCAACAAGUGGCUGGAAAACACACCGCGAUUCUCGGAGUACAGCUCCGCCAGCAAUUCGCCUUCCCGGUACAUCAUGGACGAUCUGGACGCUGUGACGGCCAAGAUAGACGUUGCGGACUUCCGAAAACCCAUUCCACUUUCUCAGCUCCCCGAAGAAGAAACGGAAAGUCCUAUUAUUCCGAUCGCUCAAGCGGUAGUAGUUCCACCAUCUCUGACAACACUGCCGACUCCGAUCCCUUCGUUACCGACUUCCCCGAAAGCAAUGAUUCCACCUGCACUUCCAACACCCAAAGAACCAUCCAAGCCGAAGCAACCCAAGGAACAACCACAAGACAUCAAUCCUCUCAAAGAAUCAGUCAACAAUGUCAAUAUUUCUGCAUCACAUCCCGUCGUGGCGAAGCCGCAUCCUCCGCAACCUCCCGUUGCCAGUGUUCCUCCUGCCCCAAACUCAGCAGCAAUACCUCCCGAACGUCCACAUCUCGGUCCGCCGCAGAUCAUACCGCCGCACUCGCAGAAAAAAGAGCCCAAGGAACCCAAGCGGAAGACUCUGAAGGAAAAGCUCAGUCAGUUGGGCUCGCGGAAGCGGGACACGGUCCACCGUCUUGACCGAUUGCAGCCAGGAAAGUCGAAAGGAAAUCUGCUUGGGUCAAUGCAAAAUAUCAACAAGCCGGAAGAACUAUUCCCUCUGGGUGGUGGACCGAACAAGCUGAAAGAAGUCAAGAAUUCCCUGAUUGUCAAAACGGACGAAUCGAAACCGAAACUAAGUUUAGGCACGGUACUAAAUACCGAGGGAUUCGGCUUGGGGCAGCAGCAUAAUUUUGCAGACGAAAAAAAAGAGAACGUGGGAGAUGUCGCAGAGGAUAAGGUGGUCAAGGAAAAAAGUGAUUCGGACCAAUCGCUGAAUAGCUCCAAGGAUGACAGUGGAAAUGCAGCUAAACUGUUAAUUCAGGAAGACAUCAAAGCGGCCAAGGCAGAGUUGGCCAAGACAGAUCCGGGUAAAGUGGUUAUAUCGCCGGAAAAAGCCACCAAAGCGGUUAACAAGUCGGAUAAGCCGUCGGCAACACCAAAUUUAAGUGCUUGGUUCAAGGCGUUUGGAGCACCGAAAAAACCAAAGAAACCGGAAGACGGCGAGGAAGGUGCAAGUAAGAAUUCGCCACCUGAGAGUGGUAAGGGUGGUGAGAAUACGUCGCCAUCGGACUCGGGACUCAACGUACCACUCGUACCGAGUCUGGAGAGUCCAAGUUAUCCUUCGCUGCCAGCACCCAGGCAGAGGAAGGCCAGUACGGGAAGUACAGUUUCGGAGAGAUCUUCGUUUAGUCAGGAUCCGGAUAGUCCGCGAAUUGGUAUAGACGAACGGAUUGGUGUAUACCCGGCACCGUAUCCGAGUCCGAUAGGAGCAUCACCGAUUAUGACUUCUCCCAAACUGGAUGACACGCAGAAAAGUCCAUACCCGCUGAAUGGGGCCAUCAAAGUUGGAUUCUAUCAGGACACAACCACGAAGAGUAGUCCAGAGAAAAGCUGUAGUCCAAGAGAUUUACCUUCACCGUAUCCACAAUACUCUCAACAUUUGUACAGCUCCAACUCGGGCAUGACUGCUAACAAUCUCUACGGGAAUUACGCUUAUAGUGGAAAUACCAAUGCCACUAGUACCGCUAACGCAACUCCAGAGAACUUCAAAAGCUUCGAUCAGUACAAACAACCCGCUUCCCAGGAAUCAGAUUACAAUUCAUCGAUGAGUCCCAGUACAAAUCCAAACUCACCUUACCACAACCAGCAAUCAUCGCCUUACCAACAACAACCCAACUCACCCUAUCAACAGCAACAGCCAAAUCAGAAUUUCAACCAACAACAGCAGCCAAUCGCAUCACCGGCUUCAUCCGGGCCGCUGUCUCCCUACAGUACCAACUCAAUAGCACCUCCACCGUCAGUACAACAAAGUCCGGCUCAAUCCGUUAGUGGUCAUUCGCCGUUCAAUCCAUCGCCGACGUCGCCUUAUCAAACACCUCAACACCAACCGCAGAGUCAGCCACCACAAGUGCAGAAACCCAAUCAGCAGUCGCAGCAGCAGCAACCUCAACCACAACCGCAACAACAUCCAUCGAAACCAAAUACUCCCAUUCACCAAAGCCCGAAUUCGCCGUUCUCUCAGUCGAACCACAGUUCACCGUAUUCUCAACAGGAUCCAAACUCUCCCUACUCCCAGGGCCAGUUAUCCCCCUUCCAACCGAUGUCACCGAAACCUUCCCAGUCAAGUCUUCCUGUCGUUCCGCAAGGAACUACCAACAACAGCUUAAAGUUAGCACCACCUAUCAUAACUCCCCAACAAGCAGCAGCCGCUGCUGGAGUCACACUGCCCGAUUCACCCGUCAAUAACCUUUCCCAGCAGUCACAGCAAACCUCCCCACAACAACAACCACCACAAGUUCAAAAUACCGGAUCUCAGCUGCCCAUUCCGCAGCCCCAGCCGCAGCUUCCACCGCAAUUGAAUACUCAAACACCGUGGAACCAACAGCCGCCAACCUACAACCAGUACGGAACUCCGACAGAUAACUCUAUUGGAAUGGGUACAAAUCUCCCUGCUCCAGCUCACAUGCAUCAUCACCAGCAGCAGGCGCAAUCUCAGCCACAGCAGCAACAAAAACCCCAACCGGCACAUCACAACGUUCAGCACAUGCAACCGCAGCUACUCUCUCAGCAGCAACAGCAGCAGCCGUCGCAACUACAACAACAACAACCACCACCAUCCUGUCAGCAGCAAAGCCAACAGCAACAUCCAACUCCCAACCUGAGCAAUCUCACUCCCGCUCAUAGUCAGUCCAGUAUACAGCAGCAGCAGCAGCAGCAGCAACAACAACAACAGCCGCAGCAGCAACAUAGUCAUCUGAGCAAUCUACUCACAAACAACCCCUAUGCAUCCAACUACGGACGGCAGGCGUAUGAUCCUACAGGACAGAGUAGCCAUGUGGGUCAAGAUGUGAGCAAGAGCGCAGCACCGAAAGUACCUGAGCUGAUCAAUUUGGGUUACAACAGUGGCAGUAACGAAAGCAGUGCAAGCAGUAAUAAGCCACAGUCGCAGCCGCACCAGCAAGAAAUUCCCAUGAAUAUGGGAAACAAGCAACCUGCUGCGGACACGACCAAGGAGAAAGAGCUUACUAAGCAGCAGCAAAUGUUCGAGCUUAUGGGAGCAAUUGGCUACACGAAUCCGAUGGAUAUCUCAAUCAGUAAGACUAAGGCGUUUGAUAUGUUUAAUCGGGCGGCUACGAUAACCUUCCCUCGGGGAUUCCCCGGAGCGGGUAAUAGUGGUACUUCGAGUGGAAGUCUAACGCAACAACAGGAGGUUUCAAAAAUGGGAUACGGUGGAAACACGACAGGGUAUGAUCAGAUGCAAGCGAAUACCAACAAGGCUCAUGACAUGAGCGGUGCUACCGCCUACAACAUGCAGCAACCACAUCAACAGCAACCGAAAACCAAUCAGAGUGAUUUGAUUGCUGGUGGUAACAUUCGAGGGAACGUCGCAGCCGGAUCAUAUGAUCAGAGAACGGCCGCCAAUGUCCAACAGCAACAACAACAGCUUACGCAGCAGCAGCAGCAGGCAAAUAUGGAUCUCAGUGCUGGAUACAAGUCAUUCAGUGGGGCGUCGUCUUCAUCAUUGAUGGAUCCGGCGCUUCGGAAUUUGGCGUCCCUUUCGUCGUUGUAUCAAUCGGACGCAACUUCAGGAUUCUACGAUAAGAACAUACCGCCUGCGGCGCACAUGUUUGGAAAGAAUCUGUCGAAUCAUCCCGUGGGAGCAUCAUCGGUGGCAUCUUCCACCACAUCCACGCUGCAGCAGAUGUUCAACUCAUCCAUGGCCACCACAAUGGCAUACAAUGCCGCUGCACGGGAUCAACAAACCGCCUAUGGAGCAAAUUAUCAUCAAAGGUCCGAUCUACUUAAUCAAGGACAGAAAGUACCACUGAAUAUUCCAACAGUAGCAAACCCCACGGCUGCGACUGCUGUUGUUCCUGAACCGACCAAACCCAAACGAAGUCGCAAAAAGAAGGAUGCAACACAAGACAUGAUGCAGCAACAAUUGCAACAUCAACAACAGGCACAUCAGCACCAACAGACACAGCCCAAUGCGGCCCAUCAAGGUUUCCAGGCGUAUCCAGGUCAUAAAACCAGCCAGUCAUCCUCUUCAUUAAGCAGUCAACCGAUUUCGGCUUCCAAUGCCCCCGGUAAUGUUGGAUCGAACAGCAGUGCUAAUGCCGAACCAUCGGCCAUUUCGCUGAAAACAGCCAACGUUGUCCCCGGUAGUGCCUUCAACUUCGGCACAGGACCAGCUGGUCUAGGUUUGCCGUCCAGCUUGUAUGGUGAAAAUUCACCCUACCUGGACGAGUUCCGCAAUAACCCGAACCCCUAUCCUUACCUUGCAUCUAGUCACAGAGGAUCUACCGCGCCCGGAGCAGUAGCAUCAGCAGAUGGGUCUGAUAAAUCACUCAAUCCAUCGGCUUCAACUGCCUCAGCCGUGGCCGCAGUUGCCGCAGCCGCCGCUGCUGUCCAUCAACCUCCACCAGCAGCCUCCCCGUACCAUCAGUUCCUCUCGCAUCCCUCCUCUAGAGCACCAUAUCAGUUCAUGAACCAACUAGAUCCACUGCAUCAGCAGUACAUACGUCAGGAAGAGCUCCGUGCCCAAAUGAUGCUGAAUCAAAGCCUGGGUCUGGGGGCACCCGGAGCUCAUGGACCACCUCCGGGAGCUUACGGUCAACCGGGAGCGUACCAUCAUGCACUCGGUAUGCAUAAACCCUACGAUGCCAUGAACUCGAUGAAUCGACCACCGUGGCUAUAACAGCAGCAGGACGUCGCUGGCCAUCAGACGGGUCCGAACCGAUCGAAGGCUGGUGACAUGACGGGAAUGGUCGAACGACAGUCUGCCAUUGUUAGCUGCGGUACCUCCGGCGGUGGUGGCAGCGGCAAUCCCAGCGCUGGAAGCGUCAGCUCGUCUUCGUCGGUUGCGGCAAGAAACGAAGCGGUGGCCUGGGACGCGCGAAGAAACCACGGCCACAAUUUCUAGUAGUAAGGAAGAAUGGUUCGGGUUUGGUUCUUCCGUUGCGAAACCUUAAAGUGAACGUGUGCGUGAAUGAUCAUCGGUAUGUGUAUGUUGUUGUUGUUUUGUUAACAACAGUGAUUUUAAUUUUUAGAGAGGUUUUUUUUUAUUGAGAGUAGAUUUAUUUCUGAAACAGCCAAGUAAAUUGUAUUUAGUAGACGGCCAGCUGAAGUAAGUUUUAAGACUUUUGCAGACUGCUCUGAAACAGGUCAAGAACCGAAGUCGACAGCAGCGGCGACUGGCAGAAGAUGUACUAGAUUAGAGUAAUUCGUAGUACCUAUAAAUAGUGAUGUGUUUUGUAUAGUUUUAGUAUGUUUUUUUACGAUUAAACUGAAAAGUAACUUUUCUUUGUCUGUAAUGAAAUGAAUUUGUGCAGUUACAUCAGCCAUAUUUUUAGCGAAAACAGUAAAUUGUGUGUGCAAUAUUAGGAGCGUGUUCGAAGCCGGUGCCGUAGGCCUAUCUCGUUGGAGCAGCUCUUGAGUAUUUUGGAAAUUAAUUCUGUACCUAAUUGAUCAAUCGAGCAGUAAAUGUGUACUGCCUAUAAUCGCAUAUCAGUCUCAUAAGGAUUCUCGUUAAUUUUUAGAAUCCAAACACAUAAAGCAACCAACGAUACAGACAAGACCCUUGCUACGACUACCACGACAAACUCUCACUGCAACACAGUUCGAUCGGAGUGGUAGAAGGAUAAUGAUAUAUUGCUUGCCUGCUUUGUUGCAAUAUACAUGGAUGAGUACAUAGGUUGAUCUGAAUCG